UAUGGCUAAGCGAUCGGAAGAUGAAUAUGGAGAAAAGGUCAACAGAGCUAUUGUUGACACAGGGGUUAAAAUGGCAACUGGUUUCUUGGUCGGUGGUAUAUUUUCCUUAGUUCUUUUCAAGCGAAGAACAUGGCCAAUCGCAUUUGGAGUAGGGACAGGUUUUGGAAUGGGAUACAGCAAUGCAGAAAAUGAUUUCCAGAACAAAAAUGCUGCAUUAUUAAAAAGACUACAGAAGGUACCCGCCAGCACGUGAUGAUUGCCAUCCAAUUACAUUUGACUUGAGAAAUUUUAGUUGCUAUGUUUCAUGUACAAGUGUGACAGUGAUCAGAGAUGUGUACUUUUUAAAUAAAGUAAUUUCAGUCA